AUGGCGGCCAUGGUGGCGGCGACGGCGGCGGCGCUGCCGCUGCUCGCGGAUGGCGCGUACGCGGACUGCUACAACUACUGCUUCAACGACUGCAUCUCCAAGGACAAGUCCAUGAGAGACUACUGCAGCUACGCCUGCGACAAGACCUGCGCGCCCGACGGCGCGCUCUGGUGCCCCAUCGCCGGACUCCCCAUAAACAGCCAACUCGCCUGCGUCAGGGACUCCUGCCACCGUCGCCGUGAAGAUGGCAACGACAUGAAGGCCUGCUACGGGCAGUGCUACGACCGCUGCGAGACCAAGGCCGGGCUGCCGAGGCCUCUCCGCGCAGGCCGCGGCGCUGUCCGGCCGGCGGCGUUGCCGGACCACCCAUUCCACGAGAAGCAGGACAUGGUCCGGCCGGCGGCUUUGCCGGACCACCCAUUCCACAAGAAGCAGGACGCUGUCUGGCCGGCGUCGUUGCCUGACCAUCCAUUCCACAAGAGGCAGGACGCUGUUCUGCCCGCGGCGUUGCCCGAUCACCCGUUCCACAAGAAGCAGCAGGACGCUGUCUGGCCGGCGGCAUUGCCCGAUCACCCAUUCCACAAGAAGCAGGACGCUGUUCGGCCGGCGGCGUUGCCGGACCACCCCUUCCACAAGAUGCACGAUGCGGUCAGGCCGUCAGGAGAGACGGAUCCAGGACACGUCAUCUCUCCGGCAUGGGGCCCCAUCCACCCCUAA